AUGACCUACCUCGACGACCUCCAACGCGACGGCUUCGUCCGCAUCCCCUCCCUCCUCUCGCCCCCCGAAAUCGCCCACCUCCGCGCCAUAGCCACCAAAGCAACAACCCUCACCCGCACCGGCGGAUGGCCUCACUUCCGCACCGUCCCCAAACAAUUUCCCCCCUGGCCCACGACGGCCCCUCCUGCCUCUGAGGGCGGGAUCUGGGGCGUCCAGCACCUCCUGCACCCGCAGAUGCCGGGGCGGGCGGACUUCGCCCGGCUCUACUUCUCCGAGAAGAUACUCGCCGUAGCGGGGGAGUUGAUGGGCGUUGAUAUUACCACUACAAGCGGGGAGGAGGAAAAGCUGGUCAUGGAGUUAUUCAAUCUGCUCGUUGCGCCUGAGACGAAGGAUUUCGAGCUCCGCUGGCAUAGAGAUGAUAUACCCGAGUCUGUGGGGGAGGAGGAAGAAUUGAGGCUUCUGCAUGCCAAGAGUCCGCAAGGGAAGCAGUCGCAUGCGCAGUAUAACCUUGCCCUGUGUCCGGAUGCUUCGUUGAUUGUGAUUCCGGGAUCUCAUCGACGGGUGCGCACGGAGACGGAGCGAAAGGCGGACCCGUAUGAAGCUGAAUUACCCGGGCAGUUGGUGGUGGAGCUGCAGCCGGGGGAUGCGGUGUUCUAUGAUAGUAAUAUCCUUCACCGGGGGGUGUAUAAGGGGAAGGAGGAGGGCGGGGAGGAGAGCCGGUUGACGUUGCAUGGGAGUAUUGGGUUGAAAGGGAAGGGGAGCGAUUCUGAUAGCAAGGUGCGAGCGACAGCGGUGUUGCAGCAUGGGGUUGGAGCGUGGGUGCAUCGUGACGAUGCAGCAUUUGGAGUUGGCGAGCGAGCAGAAAGGAUGAGAGCGAAUCUGAUGGCGAUGGGAACGGGAGAGGGAAUUGGAUAUUCCCUACAGGGAUAG